UAAAACGAAUACGAAUGUUCGAUGAUUUAACGUGGGUACCAAAAUCGUGUAUCGUUCCUGACACGGACGUAAUUACAACGGAAGCGUUGUUGGGUUUUCGCAGAAAAGUUAGUAGAUUGUGUAGUGCUGCCGUUCCGUGCUUUGGAAGUAUAAGUGGUUCUAUCUUCCCAGAAUAUUAUUGAAACGUUGUCUUCACCUAAAAAUUUGAAACAUGUCACGACUGAUGGAUCAUCAAAUGUUUAAAAUAUACAAUCAGGAAGACUUCAAUAGAAUUACGAAGGGUAUCAAAGUUGCACAAUGCAUGCAAUCACGAUCGUCGUCCGUUUUAGAAAGUGAAAAGGUAUUGAGUCAACUCGAUGAUCUGGUUGUGUCAGAUUCAUUGAGCUGUUCAUUUUGUAAUACCGUGUUUGAAGAUAAAGCGCAACAGAGACAUCAUUAUAAAUUAGAUUGGCACAGGUAUAAUUUAAAACAACGUUUGAAUGGGUUAAAGCCAAUUAAUGAAGAUAAAUUUAAUUUAUUAGCCGAUGAAGGCGACGUUUCAAGUCUAUCUGGGAGUGACAUAGAGACUGAAAUUGAAGAUGAAACCUAUAUAUCUGAGGCGGGUAGUUCUGUUAACGGAGGUAGCGAUUGUAAAAACAGUAUUAACAAAAAUAAGAAAGUCGAGAAGAAAGGAAGGGGUGUAGAGUCAAUUUCUGAUAGCUCUGAUACAGAAUGUUGCGAUGGUACAAUAAAAGAGAAAAAAGUUGAAGCUUUAUUGGCUACAGCGAGUCGUCAUUCCAAGGUCUUUUUUGAGAAUGAUGAUGGAAACAUAUUUAGCAUAUACAGGUGUUUACUGCACAAUAAGAAGGAAAUUCCUGAGGUAGACAAUGAGAUGAUAGCUCAAGCAUUAAACAGUGGUAAAAAGGCAAUAUGGACUGUCAUCAUGAUUGGUGGAGGACAUUUUGCUGCAGCUGUGUUCCAAGAUGGAGAACCUAUGGUCCACAAGACAUUUCAUUCCUACACUGUGCGAGCGAAACAAGGAUUUGCCCAGAGCUCGCGUACAACAACUAAUCAUCAAAAGAGUGCUGGAGCUAGUUUACGACGGUACAAUGAAGCGUCUCUUCUUCAGCACGUACAAGAUAUACUCGAAUCAUGGUCGUCUCAUAUCACUAAUUCUUCCUUGAUACUGUAUAGAGCGGUUGGACCGUAUAAUCGUACUGUAUUGUUUGGAGGAAAAAAUCCACCAUUGGAUAAAAAUGACUCGAGAUUAAGACCGUUGCCAUUUCCUACUCGUAGAGCAACAUUUAGCGAAGUUAAGCGAGUGUAUGAUAUACUAAGUACCAUGGAAAUUUAUGGUUCCGCGGCCGACUUUACGGAUUCCUUUCCAAUUUCUCCACGCCAGCCUCUCAGAAAAAAGGUAUCAAAAGUCGAUGCACCCGUGGAAACGUCGGAAAAAAUCGAGAAUAUCGAGUGUGAUCCCAGUACUGCCAAUAAUAUGUUUAAUCCUCAAGAUAACGAUAAAAAUAAGACCGUCGCACAAUCUUCUCCGGAAAGGCAACACAAAACUCCACGAUCGCACAUAGAUAGGGCAAAACCAAGAAAAAGUCCGUGUAGACCUUUACCAGAUAUCGUCGCUAGAUUAGCACAAUCAUCUUCGGAAUCGGAAUUAGACAGCCAAUUAAACAACUCCAAUAUGCCAAUGGAUGUUAUGUUAAUUGAGCAAGAAUUAGAAGUGGAUUUUCGCGAAAAUUUACUUGCUUUUCAAGAUACCGUGCCAAGAUACAUGAAAAAUAAGAAAUCGCGCCGUCAAAGAAAGAAAUCUAAGAAAGAUGAUAAUACGUUGAACGAGGUUUUAACUAGCGCUAAAAUAAAAUUAUGGUCUGCAUGUAAAUUGGGCGACAGUGAAUUGUUGUCAACUGUUAUCACUAGUUUAUUAACAGAAGUAGAUAAAGGUGUAGAAAUGGAAGAGCAAAUUAAAGAAGAGGCGUGUAUCGAAGAGAUUUGCAUCAUAAACAUGGAGGAUAUAAUGAAACUGGUAAACGAUUCGAACGAGGACGGUAAUACGAUGUUGCAUUUGGCAGCUUUCGGAGGACAUAUAAAAUUAGUGUGGCAAUUGCUGGAAGUUGGAUCGGAUCCGUGUAAUAAAAAUAAAAAACUGCAAACACCGUAUGCAGCUGCGAACGAUAAAGAAACCAGAAAUGCUUUUAGGAGGUUCAUGGGUGCGAACCCCGAUAAAUUUAAUUAUAGUAAGUCUCAGAUACCUGGACCGCUUACCGAUGAAAUAGAACAAGAAGAAUUAGAAAAGAAAAGACAACAGAGAAAGGUGAAACGAGAGAAAGAAAAAAUAAAAAGGAAAGAAUUCGAGCUGAAGAAGCAAGAGGAAGAUACGAAACAAAGAUUUCUUAGUCUGAGCGAUAGAGAAAAAAGAGCGUUAUCUGCCGAGCAACGGAUUUUAAAGCAGGGCUGUACAAUGGUUUCACGGUGUUUCCAGUGUGCAGUGAACAUGGCUGGUCAGGUGCCUUUCGAGUAUAAUUCCAAUCGUUUCUGUUCCAUGCCGUGUCUAAAAGAGCAUCGUCUGCGCAACAAAGUUGCUACUUGAUGUUGUAUUACGUUCAAUACAAUUGUUUCGUAACCAUCAAAACGAACCAGAUCUUUCCAUCGGGUACAAAUUAUGAUAGCGACGUAAUUGUUACACGGCUAGAUCGAAUUGGAUAAAUAUAAGUUUUGUGGAUAAGAAAACUUUGCGAAUAAAAUCAAAUCAGUAAUCAUAACAUAAUCAAAUAUACGCACUUUUCGAACAGUUACGUACGAUAAAAAUACUUUUUAGCAUCGUUGCUUUCUUCGCUGUUUUCUUCUACUAGGAAGGAAACAGUGACGCGGAUAUAAUGUCGUUUUUUAAAAUGAUAAGUUAAUGAUAAGAGACAAGCUGUGUACAAACAACUCUUGCUUCUUAAAAAUUAAAUACACUUUAUAUAUUUUU